GGCCUGGCCUAGCUGCGGGCGCAGCCUCGGACUGUUGUCGCUGCGAGCCUGGUUCCUGACGGAGAGGCGCGCUUUUGGAGAUGGGGCAAAGGCGCGGGGCCGCCGCCCGAUGGACAAAGGUGUCUCUGGUUGGCCCAGCAUUUGUUGUCAUUCCUAAUUGCCCAGAGGACAGUUAAAAAUCAACCGCAUUGCUGUGGAUCUGGAAGUUGCAUGUAGGCCAGAGCAGACUCUGGUUCCUGACUGAGUGUAUCAAUGAAUUGUGAUUCCGACGGAGCAGCGAUGAAUGCACCUUCUCUUCACCCCCAGAUGAUGGGCUCUGGGGUCAGCCCCACCGUCAACUCCCCUGGACAGCUACAUUCACCAAUAAGCACUUUGAACUCUCCAGUGAAUGGACUGAGCUCUCCCUUCUCAGUUAUCAGCUCACCUCUGGGACCCCACACAAUUUCCAUCCCUUCAUCUCAUGGCAUGGGCUAUGGAGGGCAGAGUCCACAGAUAAACUCGUCCAUGAAUUCGGUCAGCAGUACCGAGGAUGUGAAACCACCUUUGGGAAUUAAUGGUGUGCUUAAAAUAUCACCUCAUUCCUCAAACUGUCCACUUUCUCUCACCAAGCACAUCUGUGCCAUCUGUGGGGACAGGUCUUCAGGCAAACAUUAUGGCGUUUACAGCUGUGAAGGUUGUAAAGGAUUCUUCAAACGCACAGUGCGCAAAGACCUUACCUACACUUGCCGUGACAACAAGGACUGUAUCAUCGACAAGCGCCAGCGUAACCGGUGCCAGUACUGCCGCUAUCAGAAAUGUCUAGCCAUGGGGAUGAAGCGGGAAGGUAUGGACGCAGACUUCAGAGCGGUCCAGGAGGAGAGACAGCGAGGUAAGGACAGGAAUGAGAACGAGGUGGAGUCGACAAGCAGUGCCAAUGAGGACAUGCCAGUGGAGAAGAUCGUGGAGGCUGAGCUGGCUGUCGAACCCAAGACUGAGACUUACAUCGACUCAAGCCUCGGCAUGGCCAGCAGCUCACCAAAUGACCCAGUCACCAAUAUCUGCCAAGCAGCUGACAAGCAACUGUUCACACUUGUCGAGUGGGCCAAGAGGAUCCCACAUUUCUCCGAGCUCCCUCUGGACGACCAGGUUAUCCUCUUGCGGGCAGGUUGGAAUGAACUGCUGAUUGCUUCAUUCUCUCACCGUUCCAUCACUGUGAGAGAUGGCAUUCUACUGGCAACCGGUCUCCACGUGCACAGGAACAGUGCGCACAGCGCUGGGGUGGGAGCUAUCUUCGACAGAGUUCUGACAGAACUUGUGUCUAAAAUGCGUGAUAUGCAAAUGGACAAGACGGAGCUGGGCUGUUUGCGAGCAAUUGUCCUCUUCAAUCCAGAUGCAAAAGGGCUGUCCAAUCCUGGGGAGGUGGAGGCUCUCCGUGAAAAAGUGUAUGCUUCGCUGGAAGGAUACUGCAAACAGAAAUACCCAGAACAACCUGGCAGGUUUGCUAAGCUCCUCCUCCGAUUGCCAGCCCUUCGCUCUAUUGGACUGAAGUGUCUCGAACACCUGUUCUUCUUCAAGCUGAUUGGAGACACCCCGAUUGACACUUUCCUCAUGGAGAUGCUGGAAGCACCUCAUCAAAUCACCUAACUCUGCAGCGCUGUGGAGAAGAUCGCUGCCCAGCACAGACUGCCACCCGUUUCUUUGAGCUGAUCUCAAGGUUGUCGGCCUCCUCUCUACAUUUACAGCAUCUCCCCAAAGCCCAAUAAUUAUUAACUACUUGAUGAUGAGAUGACAAAGGAAUAAUUUUCUCUCCUGUUUGUAUCUACUCUGCAAGGGUCACUGGGUCUGUGAUAUAUCACACCUUGAGAUAGGUUGAAGUGUCUUUGCAUACGUGUGUGUGCGUGAGAGUCACUCACCUCUCCUCGAGAGUGCUCAAGCCUGCUUCACUCUCGCUCUGAUGUCCUCUGCUUGGUUUGUAUGUGUGUGGUUAAUGGUGAUGGGUUUGUCCUGUCCCUCUGCAUUUGUCAAUGCUGGAGAUUUGGACUCUGCAAAACAAAAACUCUUUGGAGAGCCUCUCUUCCUGGUCUAAAGCUCCCUCUGGCAGGUGCUGUGAAGCAAGAACGGGCCUGACUUCUGUCAUAUUGUCCCACUUGCUGAUUCUGUUGCAGCUGAUUGAACUCACUCAGACUGGCCACUGAUGAAACACCUCAGAGAACCAGAGAGACCUGUGUUUCACGUUCAUGGCAGUAACUCAUACUUGUACCUGGUCUACCAACUCGAUUUUUAAUGUGUUACGUGCAGUAUUUGUUCAUCUUUCUUUUGUAUUUUUCAUAGCAAUAAGAGGUUUGAUUUUGUUGAAAUCUCGGCAGGUUUGGCAGCUGAUUGCAUUUCUUUCUAUGACCUGACUUCAUAUCCAACAUCCCAUCACUGCCACAAUUGGAAAGAUGACAACUCCUUUGCCUGGUCACAUUCCCCCUUCGCUUCACCAGGCUCCAGCUCUGUGUGUCUGUGAGUCUUGCUGUCCUUUCCACUUAGCCCAGGAUUGGGUGGGUACAAGGCUCGACUCCUGAAGACUCUGCUGCUAAUGAAUGCUUUAAUUAAUUAACGUAUAAUUAAUAAAUUCAGGUAACCAUGCUGAGAUGAGGCAAGAUGGUUUUGUUCUGGGAGCUGAGAUGUUCAGUUUGUGCCUGGCUUGAUUGCUGCUGAUCUUAAACACACUAACAAAUUAACCCCUCCCACCCCAUACACUAACAAUGUCCUUGAGCUCACCCCUCCACACCUCUGCCAGCCAGCGCACACGCUUCAAUGUCUGAAGCCCCUGGAAUGCAGCUUGGACUGAGAUGAAGGAGCACUUUGAAAUUCUCCUGCUCUCCCACCAGCCCUGGCACAUGAAAUAUUGUGUACAAAGACAGCACUGGUUUUGAUCUAUAUUUAAGCUGCACCUUGCAGCAGCUCAUCUUGUUCACAACUUUAGGAUAACGGUGUGGUUAACAGCUGCACUGUACAAUCGGUGCGAGGUAUGUGCUCCGCUUUGUGUUACUCUGGUAACCAGAAAAUCCUGCCUUUUGUAGCCAGGUGUAGAAACUGCCUCAGAUGUGUCCUUUCUUCCCCUCCUGUUGCCCUCUCUGAUUUCCUCCAUCCCCUUCAAUUGGUACCUGUCCUUCAGUUUCGUCUAGGAACAGAUAUCUUUGGUGUGCACCAACACAUGACCAUCAAAGGUAGAUGUGGUAUCUUCACGUGUGCAAUUGUUCAGCUCUGUUGCAUCUCCUUUAACAGGAUGCCCUUUUAAAAAGCUGCUCCUCUCUCCCUGGAUUUUCCAAUCCCAAGCCAUUAUGGGCUAAAGUUUCCCAAAUUAUAGAGGGAGGAAACCCUGUUCGAGAUUUACUCUGUUUGACCCUGAUGCCUGUUCUUCCAAAACUUGAAUAAUUUGAGUUUAAACCUCAAUAUCUGUCAGUCUGUACAACGCCCCCCUCACUGUGUACCGCUGACCCCCACAUCUGCAGUGAGCUUUUAUCUUUGGGUUCAUACACAGCUACUCCCCUGCCCAACUUCUUCUGUUGUUUUUCUUAUAGACCUAAUUUUCAAUCUGAAAUUUGAAUAUUUUAUGUACGGCAAUUUUGUACAAAAAAGGAAAAUUAGAAAUUACAUAUGCUAACAGCUGGCAAGCACAGAAAGUUAUCCAAUAAAAAUGGGAACACUCUCACCAGAAUUCUCCAAACCUGGCCACAGAGCAAGAAGGUUGUGUGGACUGACUGUGACUAAGUACUGAUUUGAGAAAACUGACACAAUGCUGACCUCCUUUUUAUCCUCUUCCUACCCCACCUUGUGCAUCCUGUCUCCCUGCCUCACCCAGUGAUCCCUACCCUGUGUACCUUGUCCCCGUCCUGCCCUCUGCUCCUCCCUCUUACACCCUGCCCUGUUUCACCCUAUCGCUCUUGCCUCUCCCUCAGCUCCUUGGCCUUUGCUCUCUGCCCCCGUCCCACUCUCAGUCAGCCCUUCCUCCUUCUCUUUUGCCCCAGUGAAUGGAGCCCUCCAGCAGGCCACUGCCAGUCUGUGUGCUGAAUGUGUUUUGAGAAAUGAUGGUGAUUGGUCUGUGUUGACACUACAAACACUUCCGGAAAAUCAAAAAAAAGAAAAAUGUCUACAGAAAUCUAUUUUUGUAUAAAUGAAACUUUAUCCCUUUUGUUAGAUUGUGCGUCACUGAUAAUUGUAAACAUUUCGCUAUGUUAAAACUUUUCACAGUCUGCAGGAUGAAAGCUUAUAUUCCAGGGACCAUUUUGGGUCUUUUGGAAGUGAAUUAUUUACAGUGUAAUUUGACAUUAAUUUUUGAUCAGUAACAGCUGAAUACUUGUGUUCUGAAUAUUGUCUGAAUGCCAGUUGUGAGGACCCUGUCUUCUAAUGGAAUUCCCUCUUGUGGUUGUCUGAUAUUCUGUUCAUCUCCAAAGAGUUUCUGCUGUCAGUAGCUCCACUUUGGUUACUGAGAGGAGACUGUCUUUGGGCUUUUCCUGAUCCUCAGAGGUUUAAGUGUCUAAGGGGCAGGUACUGCCCUGACUUACUACAUGUCAAUCGUAUACAAUGGGGUGUCUCUCAGACCUUCAUGAGGAUCAAAGCACUCUGCGUUUGGAACCCUUUCAGUUCGAAUUUGUUACUCAUUGCUGAGAGUAAUAAAAUAUAUUGCAUACCCUG